AUGCGUCAGGGCUCGCUGCCGCUGCUGUUGCUUGCUGCGGCGGCGGCAGUAGCGGCUGCCGCGGUUUCCGCCGAGCCGGCGUCGACGCUGUCCUGGCCGUCGCGGCCGGUGACGGUGCCGGUCGGGGACAGGGGCCACGCGGUGGACCUGCCGGAUACGGACCCGCGGGUGCAGCGCCGCGUCACGGGCUGGGCGCCCGAGCAGGUCGCCGUCGCGCUCUCCGCCGCGCCCACCUCCGCCUGGGUCUCCUGGAUCACAGGUACACCUCCCCGCACCCGGCACCCCCGCCGGCCACCACCCCACAAAAGAAAAAUCCAUUCUUUGGCCUGGAUUCUCUCCUCUCUCUGCCUGCAGAUCGACAUCGACGGUGGCUCAUCCAUUGAUCUGCCUGCAGGGGACUUCCAGAUGGGCGGCGCCGUCAAGCCGCUCGACCCGGCGCGCGGUUGGCAGCGUCGUGCGCUACAACCUCGCCGCCGACUCCCUCGUCCACGAGGCCACCGGGAGCCGCUCGUGUACAGCCAGCUGUACCCCUUCGAGGGCCUGCAGAACUACACCUCCGGCAUCAUCCACCAUGUCCGCCUCCAAGGCCUGGAGCCUGGGACCAGGUACUUCUACCGGUGCGGCGACCCGUCCAUCCCGGACGCCAUGAGCGACGUGCACGCGUUCCGGACGAUGCCGGCCGUCGGUUCCAAGAGCUACCCGGGGAGGAUCGCCGUGGUCGGGGACCUCGGGCUCACGUACAACACCACCUCGACGGUGGAGCACAUGGUGCGCAACCAGCCCGACCUGGUGCUUCUCCUCGGCGACGUCUGCUACGCCAACCUGUACCUGACCAACGGCACCGGGACCGACUGCUAUUCCUGCUCCUUCGCCAGCUCCACGCCCAUCCACGAGACCUACCAGCAGUACAUGGAGCCCGUGACGUCGAGCAUUCCGAUGAUGGUGGUGGAGGGCAACCAUGAGAUCGAGGAGCAGGUUCACAACAAGACGUUCGCGUUCCCGUCGGAGGAGAGCGGGUCUUUCUCCCCGUUCUACUACUCGUUCGACGUCGGCGGCAUCCAUUUCGUCAUGAUUGCGUCUUAUGCUGACUACAGCAGAUCAGGUGCGCAGUACCGAUGGCUGGAGGAGGACUUGGUGAAGGUGGACAGGUCAGUGACGCCGUGGCUGAUCGCCGGCUGGCACGCGCCCUGGUACACCACGUACAAGGCUCACUACAGGGAAGCCGAGUGCAUGAGGGUGGAGAUGGAGGAGCUCCUCUACGCCUACGGCGUCGACGUCGUCUUCACCGGCCAUGUGCACGCGUACGAGCGGUCGAACCGGGUAUUCAACUACACGCUGGACGCGUGCUGCCCCUUGUACAUCUCGGUGGGCGACGGCGGCAACCGCGAGAAGAUGGCGACGGCACACGCGGACGAUCCGGGCCACUGCCCGGACCCGGCGUCGACGCCGGACCCCUUCAUAGGUGGCCGCCUCUGCGCGACCAACUUCACGACGGGCCCCACCGCGGGGCGCUUCUGCUGGGACCGCCAGCCAGGCUACAACGCGUACAGGGAGAGCAGCUUUGGGCACGGCGUGCUGGAGGUGAAGAACGACACGCACGCGCUCUGGCGGUGGCACCGCAACCAGGACCUCAACGCCGACGUCGCCGCCGACGAGGUCUACAUCGUCAGGGAGCCUGACAAGUGCCUCGCCAAGUCAACCAGAUUAUUGGCCUAUUGA